AGUAUGGGAGUGUGUGUUCUACUGAGCGUGUUGCUGUGUGCGCUUCUCACGGCGUCUCCAGUCAGAGUGUCCCUCUCCGCUAUUACAACCUUGCAACUUUCUGAUGAACGAUCGUCUGCUGUUUACAUCCGGAAGUCAGAGACGCGGGACGGCACCUGCACAGCCCCUUCCAGCCCUGUGUGCUACAAGACCAGCAGGAGAGCAGACGAGGAUUUCACAUGUGAAUGGACGUCAGCGGGGGACAUGGGAGGCUUCUCACAUACUCUCCACCUGAGAGACAACAUCAGCUGCUCCUCAGCCCACACCUCCAUACAACUGGACCAGUCAGUUAAAUACCCUGCGCCUGAGAUAAAAAUAUCAAGAUCAUCUAUAGAGUUGCGCCUAGAGAUGAAGAAGGCUGCAGACAACCAGGAUGCGGACUAUGAGAUCAGAUAUAAGGAGAUCAGAGGGAACAGCACCAGCCCAUGGGCAUACGAGAAAACGACUGAAGGCAAACCAGACGUCUUUCAGAUGUCCGUACGGCCGGACGCCGCGUAUGAGCUGCACGUGCGCCGCCGAGCGAGAGACGUGCGGCACGCGCUGUGGAGCGACGAGACCCCCGUCAUCGUCCCCGUCCCACUUACUGAGCCCCCAGCAGUGACAUGGAACACCACGCUGAACGAGGAGAAGAACGCUCGCACACUCACGCUAGCUUUGGAGCGCCCCCGCUAUGAGGUGAGUGUGGGCGGUCUGCACUAUCACGUGUCCUACUCUGUUUGGCCCUGUGGCCCUGAGACCCACACCCAACUGACCAGCAGCACAGGGGUCACGGGGGUCACAGGGGUCACAGAGGUCACAGGGGUCACAGAGGUCAAGGUCAGCAUCACGCUGUCUGAGGCCCGCAUACGCGUCUACGCCAGAAACAACGUGGGCUCGUCUCCCAGCUACAGCUUCACCGUGCCGGCUGUCCACCGCAGAGACUGCCCCAAGGGCCUGGACCUGCGGGACAUGAAGAAGAAGCAUCUCAAGCAGCUCUGCUGGGAGUGGUACCGACUGGACGACGGAGAGACCCGGCCCGACCCAGCGCAUGUGCACAGCGCCACUGGGAGAACCGAGACCAGCAUCACUCAGAUUGCAGGGAUGGAGGACUUUGUGCGCUACUACUACUUUAUCCACAUGAGGAAGAAGAAGAAUCUGCACACCCUCUACAGCUGCCCUGUGUACAAGACAGAGUCAACUCCACAGGUGAGCCCCCUGAACCUGACGGUGCCGGUGGUGACGCCCACAUCUCUGCAGGUGUGCUGGCUGCCCAUCCCUGUAGCCCAGCAGCGGGGGUUCCUCACACACUACCACCUCUGCCUGUCAGGAGACUGUGAAAAUGUCUCUGAAUCUCAGACCUGCAACACAUUCCAAAAACUCAAGCCUGGUUCUGAGUACAGCAUCUCUGUUGCCGCGGCGACCCGUAUGGGCUUAGGCCCUGUUGUCAUGGAGAAGAUCUGGACGAGUGAGGAUGGCACUGUAACGGGUUCCCAGAGGGAUGUGAUCAUCAUCAUUGUCUCUCUGCUCGUCAUCACUCUGCUGUUCCUCUGCCCUUUCCUCUUCAUCAGACUCAGAAACAAGCUGCCAGCGGUCCCAAAGCCUGUCAUUGCGGUGUCCAUAAAGUACUCCCCCAGUUCGCAGGAAGUGCACCCACCCAAGGAGGAAGUGCAUGUGGUCACCCUGGAGCACAUGCAGAAACCCACCGAGACCCUGUGCAUCACCCCUGAGGAGGGGCUCACCCUGCUGCAGGAGGAGGAGGGGAACCCUAACUACAAGCGGCAGACCCUGAGAAUGCCUGAAGACUCGGAGAUGACGGAGAAAGCUCUGAAUGAGUGUGAUGUCACAUCGCCCGUGUACAAGAACGCACAGGUGUUCGACAUGAAGCCAGAACUUUGUGAGAACGGAGAAUCCUUUGUGUAG